CAUUAGUAAAGCAAAACAUAUGCAAAUCUUGAAAUUUGCUCACAUCUUCCCAGAACUUUUCUCUCCACUGUCUCACCUCUUCUUUGCUUUUCUUUUCUUUUUUCUUCCCUUCUGCUAUACUUUUCCUUAAUCUCUAAGUCUUCUCUAUUUUUCUCUUUCUUUCUUUUCCUCUUCUUGUGCUCUUUAAUUAUCGCUAUCAUACAGUCAUCAGAAGAUCUUCUCUCUUUCUUUCCUCUUCAAUGGCAGAUAACACAACCUACUACACCAAACACCAACAGCAGAACCAAGCAAAUAACAAUAAUAAUCCAAGUAAGUUCUACUCUCAUUUUCUCUACAAAGCUCUUAUAGUUACCAUCUUUUUAGUUAUACUCCCUCUCUUUCCUUCACAAGCUCCUGAGUUCAUCAACCAAACACUAAACACUAGAGGCUGGGAAUUUCUUCACCUUAUUUUUGUUGGAAUAGCUGUUUCUUACGGUCUUUUUAGCCGCAGAAAUGAUGAAACGGAAAAGGAUAAUAGCAGCAAUUCUAAAUUUGAUAAUGCUCAAUCAUAUGUCUCUAGAUUCCUUCAAGUUUCAUCGGUUUUCGAUGAUGAUGCUGAUAGCCCUUCCAAGUCUGAUGUGAGCAACAGUACUAGUGUUCAGACAUGGAAUAAUCAGUACUACAGGAAUGAGCCUGUGGUUGUUGUAGCUGAAGAACAACAUCCUGCUUUUGACCAAGAACAGAGAAGUACUGGCUCAAGAAUCGGCGAGAAACCACUCUUGUUGCCUAUUAGGAGCUUAAAAUCGCGUGUUUUGGACGCGGAUGGUAACGAAAUUAGUAAAGAAUCAAUUUCUAGUGUUUCUGCUUCUAUUAGUAGGACUAAUUCUAACUUAGGUUCUAAAAGAUUCUCAAGUAAAAGCAGAAAUGGUGAAUUUGGUGGGUUACAACAUCAAGAUUUGGAAGAUAAGAUUAAGGAUAAUGUAGUGCUUCCUUCUCCAAUUCCGUGGAGAUCAAGAUCUGGCAGAAUGGAAAUGAAGGAAGCUAAAGAAGAAACUGAUAGUCCUCCUUUGUACACUCUGCCUCCUUCCAUGGAAGAAUCUGAAUUCAACAGGUUUUUCAGAAGCCAAGUGUCUCGAUCACCACGAUCCAAUUCAACAGCUUCUUCUCCGAAACUGUCCCCUUCACCUUCCAUGUCUUCGCCGAAGAAGUUAUCGCCUCCACCUUCUUUCUCUGCAGAGACACAAGCCAAAAGUGCAGAGGAUUUUGUCAGGAGGAAAAGCUUUCACAGGUCUCCGCCUCCCCCUCCACCUCCUCCACCACCUUUUCCCCAACUGAUUCGAAAGUCAAGGUCAAUGAAACCGGGUUCUAGUGAAAUUGGUAAUAGAGAUUCUGUUGGAAGAGAUUUCAAACGGAGUUUCACAAGUGAGCCUAAAGAAAUGAAUUGGGUUGGUAAUUCAUCAAUGAAAAAAUCAAUUAGGACAACUAGAAGCAAUGAUUCUUUUGCUAUGGCAAGCAAGGAGAAAGAAUUUGAUGAUGUAAUCAACAGCAAGACAGAGAAGAAAUUUGAUCAAGCAGCAUUCAAGACGAAUCGCGACAGAGUAACUUUUAUGCCACAGCCAACUUACAUGGAGUAUCCGAAGGAAGAGAAAGAAGAAUUUGUUGAGAAAUUAGUCUUGGAAUCUGACGAGGACUUGGAGGAGACUGAGGAUGAUCUCGAUGGUGCUGCUGAUGAUAAUGAUAAUGAUAAUGAUGACAUUGCAGGAAAUUCUUUUGUUGCGAGCACUUCAGCGAGCACAAAUAAUGAAGAACCCAAUUCUGGCAAUGUAAGUGAUGGAGGACCCGACGUGGAUAAGAAAGCUGAUGAGUUCAUAGCCAAAUUCAGAGAGCAGAUCAGGCUUCAAAGAAUAGAAUCUAUCAAGAAAUCAAGUGGACAGAUACAUAGAAAGGCUUCAAGGUAAAUUUUAAAAGAUAUAUCAUUUUAGAAAUUAAACAGGAUGAACUUUGGAUCGGUAAUCAAACUUUUGUUUCCUUCAAUAUGCCUAUAGUGUUACUUGUUAUCAAGAAUUUUUAGCACAUAAUCUCAUGGUAUACAAGAAUGAAUUGCUUGGUUUAGUUUUAUGCGAACAGCAACCUAAUUGACGAAAUGUUUUCUUAA